GCCGCACUCCCCACUGUAAGAUGUGUCCUUGUACAUUUGUAUCAAUAAAGGUGUGAGCAUUGCACGGGCGCCCGGCCCCCGGCUCCUGCGCCCAUGGAGGGUCGGUGGCUGCGGGGGUUCAACCCCUCCGGCUCCGGGCAGGGCUUGGCCACGUGUCCCUCCCGUUUCACCCAGUCCCCUUGGCCCUGCUGGCGGCUGCUCACGCCAUCCCCGGCACAGCCCUGCUGUUUGCCCAGCCCCGGGGCUGGGCUUUCCCAGCGCGGCCCCGCCAUCGGUCUUGCGGACCCGGGGCUGCCGGCUGGGGCUGCUGCCGCCUCCAUGCUGUCCCCGGAGGGUUUGGUGGCCGCAGCCGCCGUGCUCGUGGGGCUGGGCCUCCUGGCUUGGUGCCUUUGGCCAGGGAGGCUGGAGGUGCCUGGAGACGUGGGAGAGGAGGAGGAGGAAGAGGAGGAGGGGAUCCCCUUCAUGGCCGAGGAGGGCUCAGGGCACUGCCGGCUGCUGUGCAAGCCCUCGGCUCUGGCCCAGCACCUGGUGAGGAGCUUGGGGCGGUCGGCAGCACUGCGGGGGGGACGCUGGCCGUGGCCGCGCUGGCCCCAGCUCCAGAUGCUGUGGCAGCUCCUGCAGCCACCUGAGCCGGAGCCGGUGGUGGCCCGUGAGCUCCUGCAAAUGCCCGACGCUGGGCUGGUGGCCCUGGACUGGCUGGUGGGGCCGUGGGGGGCUGCGGGAGGUGGGGGGAGCGUUUCCAGCCCGGUGCUGCUUCUCAUCCCCAACGCUGCCGGGAAGGUGACGGCGGGGCUGCUGCAGCUGGGGCUGCGGGCGCUGGAGCGGGGCUUCAUCCCCGUCAUCUUCAACCGCCGGGGCCACAACGGCUGCCCCCUCACCACCCCCCGGCUCCAGCCCUUCGGGGAUCCCGGGGACCUGCGGGAGGCUGUCACCUACCUGCGGUGCCGGCACCCCUCUGCCUCUCUGCUGGCCGUCAGCGAGGGCUCGGGCUCGGGGCUGCUGCUCGCCUACCUGGGCGAGAGCGGCUCCUCCAGCCGCCUUGUCGCCGCCGCCUGCCUCUCUCCCAUCUUCCGUGGCCGGGACUGGUUUGAGGCUGGGAUGCCCUGGCUUUACGAGUGGCCGCUGCUCCUCCACCUCAAGCAGGGAUUGAGCAGGUACGCGGGGGCCCUGGCCGAGGUGGUGGACAUGGACAGGCUCCUGGGCAGCCGUUCGCUGCGGGAGCUGGAGGAAACCCUCUUCUGCCGGACUCGGAGCCGCCCCACCAGCUGGGAGAGCUACUGGGAGCGCAACGAGCCGCUGCGGGAUGCGGACGAGGCGGCGGUGCCGGUGCUGUGCCUGUGCAGCGCCGAUGACCCCGUGCGCGGCCCCCCGGCCCGCAGCCUGCCCCGGGAGCUCUUCCGCAGCAGCCCCUUCUUCUUCCUGCUGCUCAGCCCGCUCGGGGGGCACUGCGGCUUCCCCCGGCGGGGAACGGGGCGAUGCUGGGCUCACGAGGCCGUGCUGGAGUAUUUCAGGGCCAUGGGCGAGUUUCUGCGGACAGAGGAGAGGAGGAAGGGGCUGCCGCGGCCCCGCAGGUGGGGGGGACCCCCGGUGGAGCCCCCCGUGUUCACCUGGCAGAGGUCCUACACUCGAUAGCCUCCCUGGGGCAGGGUCUCACAAAGGCAGGCAGACACUCCGUGUACUAAAAUUACUUUAUUACAGUUGAUUUUUUUUUUAACAUUUCCUUUGCUAUGAUACAAAGGAUACUUACAAACAAAAUAUUACAUAUGACCUUAUUUUUUUUUUCUCUUCUCUUAUUUUCUGACAACUUGGUAACAGCUUUAAAUGCACAAUCUAUACAAUUAAUACAGGUUAUAUAUGAGCUAUAAUGUAUGUUGAACCAGAAGAAUACCAGAAUACUGACAAUAUACUGUACAUUAAGCCUUACCAGUUAGUGCUCGUGGCAUUUUCUACAAGAAGGAAAACGCACACCUGUAGAUUCACUCAUACCAGCUGGUGCUACCAGACACGGAAGCAAGAAGGAGUUUAAUUCCCCUGGUUAAAUCCUUCGUGGCCCAUCACCGUGGUGCUGAGCCUGGAAACCUCAGACCAGUGUUCAUAGUAAAACAGCAGAUAUGUGUGUGUUUUUUUCUAUCUAAUGCUCUGUGGCACAGUUGGCCAUACCUGGAUGAUGCCCCAGAACAAACGGCCGUGGCGCUGGGGCCGGGCGCUGGGCGAGCUCUUGUUGGGGAGCUGGACCUCCUUGGGGAGGGGGAGAGAAGGGCAAGGAGGAGGAGGAGGAGGAGAGGAAAAGCAGCAACAGCUUUGCUGUCAUCAGCAGGCAGCUCUUGGGUUCGUGCACACGAGCAGGCGGUCUCCGAGAGGGAAGAGCGAGCCCAAGGCGUGGCGCUCCCGAGCCCGGCUGCACACGGAGCUUUGUGCCCAGCAAACCCUCCACGGGCUCGGGCAGCAGCUGCCCUGUGGUCACCUCCUCACCAGGAAAGGUUUGCUUUUGUUCUGCAGCCAAAGCCAGAGGUGUGUGGCUACAGGUGUGCACUUCCCCUCCUCCCGCCGGGGUCUACAUCGCACUGAUAAGGUUACAUUUUUGUUUUUUAUUUAGGUUUUUUUGUUUUUUUUUCCUUUUUAAAGCAACCAGCAAGUGAAGCAUGUUUUUAGUUGACUGGCAAAAAGACCUGGCAUUUGCACAAAAGCUGCAAAUGGAAAAGAGCCAUCCCCUCCUCCCACCCGCUGCAUCCCAGCCCAGAAAAAUCCCAAACUGUUGGUGGAAGAAAGAAAAAAAAAAACACAACAGGGGUGGAGGAGAGGAAGGGGAGAGGGAACAAGUUGGGAAAAUACCAGGUCUGAGUUAACAUUUCCUUGACUUCACACAAUUCUUGUGCAAAAAGAAACUCCCCCCCC